ACCAAACUAAUCAAUACCCUCCUCCUCCCUUUCACUUGAAAAACCCUAUCUCUAAUCUCUGAUAAUCAUUCUACAUGUGCAAAACCAAAAUGAAUGUAAAAGAACCGAUUCCACUUUCAUCGAGAAAAUCCUAUGAAAAAUCUCGUUCACUUCCGAAUUCAAAUCCAUCGACUUCUUCUACUAGUAAUCCAUCAACUUCUACCAGUAACGCAUUCUCUAGUGACAACAAUCACACAAACACAUCAUCAGAAUCAAGAACUUCACGAUCUUCACUAAAGAGUUUAAAAGAUUCAUUACCAGAAACCACACAUAUAUACGAUUUCUCAGAAAUCCGGAAGGCGACGAACAAUUUCUUAGCGAAACGAUUCUCAUCGUCUUCUUCGUCGGCGGCAUCCGAUUGGAAAUGUUUGAUUAGAGGUAAGGAUGUGAUUAUAUUUCAACGUAAAUUUCAACGGUCGAUUGAUUCGUCGAAACUCCGUGAACGGUUAACGGCGAUUUGUAAGAGUCAUCAUAUUAGUUUGAUUAAGUUGUUAGGUGCUUCGGUUUCCGGGGAUUACAUUUAUUUAGUAUAUGAGUAUGUUAAUGGUGGUAAUCUUAGAGAUUGUCUUCGAAACAGUAGAAAUCCGGAAUUCACUGUGUUGUCGACAUGGAUGUCUAGAAUGCAGAUUGCUGCUGAUGUUGCUCAAGGAAUUGAGUACAUUCAUCAUUUCUGUGGGUUGGAUUUGGCAUUAGUCCAUAAUCAUAUCAAAAGUAGUAGUAUAAUUGUCACGGAGCCUUUGUAUAAUGCGAAAAUAUGUCAUUUCGGAACGUCGGAGCUUUGCGGAGAAAUUAAUGAAAAUAGAGAAGUAAUUCAAUCGUCUGUGGGUGAAAUACAAGAAGAGAUUCAGUCUCUGCCGUCGUCUUCGAAAUUGAGAAGGACGAAGAGUGUGAAGUUUACAGGGACUAAAGGUUACAUGUCACCGGAGUAUCAACAGAGUGGAAUAGCAACACAAAAGUCAGAUGUGUAUGCAUUUGGUGUAGUGAUUUUAGAACUAUUGUCAGGUGAAGAACCGGUCAAGUUCAAGCUUGAUCAAGAGACUGGGCAGUAUAGAAGUGUUUCAGUCAUUGAAACAGCUAAGGAGGCAAUUGAAUCAGAGGAUUUUGAGAAAAUUAGGAGAUGGAUUGAUAGAAGAUUGAAGGAUUCAUUUCCUGUUGAAAUUGCGGAGAGAUUAACUCGUGUAGCAUUAGAAUGUGUACAUGCUGAAGCCGAUAAGCGUCCGGAUAUGAGGCGUGUGUCAGGUAAGAUUUCGAAGCUUUAUUUGGAGUCUAUGAAAUGGAAGGAGAAAAUGGGUACUCUUAUGGAUUUUACUAUGUCACUGGUAGCUCGCUAGGGAAAUAAAUCAACAUCAUGGCGAAUAUUGUACUGAACCAAUUUCUUAGCUUGUUCCAUCGGAUAUAAUUUUCAGCGGUUAACUCAAAACCACGUCUCAAACAAAUUUUUUUUUUUUGGAAUGAACAGUGGUAGUCAAAUAGAAGAAUGAAAUUUUGCAAGUAUAAAAUUUGCAGGAUCACCAAAUCCGCCGCUAUUACUUUUUCUCUUUUUCAUUUUAGUUGAUGAAUGAGACACAACUGUAAACUAACAAGAAACAAUAAUUAACACUGUCUAUUCUCUUUAAAAUAUUUUA